UGAUUUAAAACAUGCUAGAAGUGGAAACGACCGAAGUGGGAUUUCUGACGCUGUAGGAUGUCUUCCUCUGUGAAGGCAAUAUUUCCGUCCAUCUCGAUCAGCAAGAAGAAGGGAAAGACAACCUCAGGAGGAACACCGCAGACUUCAAAUGCACAAUCACAGUCUCUUUUGCGGCCCUUGACUCCGGUGUGUUGCUUUUAAAUCUCUCACGUUUUGAAUCCUGUGAUCUGGGUUAUUUCAAAUAGGCGUUGAAUGAUUUUUUUUUGUUGUUCUAAGGAAUCUAAUCGCAAGCCGCAGCAGACUGCAUCAAAUCCGAUCGAUCCGCUCCGAAGUACCCUAACUGCUCGAGGAUCUUCGCCGAUUCCUUCUCCGUCGACAGCACGAAAGACAGCCACUGGUGAAACAAACCCUUUAGCACUCGAAAAUGGAUCUCAACUGAGUCAGUCGGCUCCGGAUUUGAGGCUCGGUUUUAGGCAUGUUCGGAGUGCUAGUCAACCUUCGGGUACAUCUACAACUUCCCACAGGGAGUCAUUUUCUUCGGUGACAUUUCCAGAUCGUAGUAAUUCGGUCAAUAGUGAUACUGGCUAUUACAAUGAAACCGCAGAAGAGCCUAUGAUUCUACAAGAAGAUAUUAUAGCUUUAACCUGCCACGUUCGAAAGUUUUCCGAAGCUUUGAGCUCGCUUCGGAACACUUUUAUAGAAUGCGAAGGUAAGGAUGUUUACAAAGGCGCCCUUCCAGUUGUGUACUUGUUUAUCGUCAGUUCACAUUCAUUCGAAAUUGCUAAUCUUGUGCACAAACUGUGAGUGGGAAUAAUUUCCAUGUUAUCAACCUUUGUAGAAGUUAAUAUUUUUCGCUGAUCCGAGAAAUACCUCUUACUUCUUAAUUUUUCUUUCAUUAUAUCGUAGGAGAUUUCAGGAACAAUUUCAUCCAAGCAUAUUCAGUAAUUAAAAUUAGGGGUUAUACUUUAGAGGAUGUUUUAACUCUGAUUGCUUGUAAUCACCUGUUUGAAUCCUAAAAUAGGGACAUAAUAAGCGACUUUUUAUUUUUUCUCGAUUUAGCGGUGUAAAUCUUUUAUUUUUGUUUCUUGACGCAAAAGAAUGAAGGAUUAUUACAUCAUUGACGCCAGUGAUUGGUUUUAAUUUCAUAAAAUCACGUUCAUGCAGUCACGAUUUUUUAUACCAUUCCAACGUUUUUUCAUCAGGAAAUUAAUUACUAGAAUUGAGAGAGAUUGAUAUCUAAAUCAAACUCUUGUGCUUUGAGAAUAUCUCGACAAGUUAUUCAUUGCAAUUGUAAGAUUACUUGUAUCCUGCUUUUUCUGACGAUUUCGUGCAGAACAUGUUUAAAAAUUAAGCUAGCGGUUUAUCGAAAGUAUUGCUGGUUUUGUGUCAUUGUAAAAUUUUUCGAUUUUUCCCUUUGUGUAUGCAAUUCAUUCACAGUAAAAAUUGUGGUUUGUGCUCAAACUUUGUUUUCAAACUAUGGCAAAUAUCUUUCUGCAAAUUUACUUUGAUAUUGCUCUGUUAUACAUUGCUCUGAAUAUACCCUGCCUAACUCCUAAAUCAUAUUGAUGUAAGACAUUUUUCCAUAACAUUAGGAUUUAGGAAUGUUUAUUUUGGAGCUGUCUGUCUAAACGUCUUUUAAUUUGAUUUGCAAUACUCAUUCAAAGAACAAACGCAGGGAUUUUUGUGUGAUUGUUUACUUUUCAGCAAAUACCUCAAUAACCACAUUGCUGCACUGCAAGUGAAAGGAAUUUGCUGCUAUUUUUAAACUGCUGUUAAUAUCAUAGCCAAUUUUCAUAAAUGAUGGUUUUGAUUAGUUCUCUUCAGUCAAGAACAUUCUCUCCUUCUUUGCCUUAAGUUGUCUGUAAUAUUGUGAGAGUUUGUGUAGUUAUAAAACAGAAUUCUAAAUCCAACAGUCUCGAAUAUGAUGACAUAGAGCAUGUAUUUAACAUGAGAGAGUGUUAAGAGAUUGUUGUGGAAAUUUGUUAUUACCAGACCAGACAUUGUGAAUGAUGUUUACUAAAUCAUUGGUUGUUUGUGUGUUACAGGGAACAAUCCUUAUUAUUUUCAAACUUUUCUUUUUUCAAUGUUUUGGUUAAUGAUACAUGUAACAUGCCAUGACAGUUCUUGAUUAGGUGUUCAGGAAUGCAUCUUCUCUUUGUCUCUUGUGGACAAGUUUCCCCUGUUUUUUUUUAAGUAGAAUUUAAAAAAAAAGCCUCCACUGUUGGGUGUAUUUUCUGUGAUGUUUUCUUUUCUGUGCGAAAGCAAGAAAUACUCGGAGUCUCUCAGUCACAAAGAUGCAUUCAAAAUGUAAGCUCUAACAUACACUCUCAUUCAAGACAAAUCUCAUUCAAGUUUAAAAUUUUAUCCUAGUUGCAUUGCAAAUUGGAAAUUGCAUUGCAUACAACUAGUCUUAGAACAUUGGUGUAGGGAAAUGUUAAUAGAGUAUUAUUCAGAUUCUGUUUUUGACACUAAAUUCAGUUCAUUUAACUAAUGAUUUUGCUUUCAUUUGUAGAUAAUCCUGACAGUGAACCACCUGAGGUGAAAGCCCAUGAACGCCUUGGUGAGGUGCUGUCAGUUCUUAAAGGAGUCCUCAAUACUUACGAACCACUACACUCAACAGAAAUACUUGCAUCUGCUGGAACACUGAUUAAUAAGGUCAAAAGUCACAACUAUGAGGAUACUAGUAAACCCCCUGAUGAAUUCUAUGAGUCCAUUGAUCAGCUUGCAUUGGCAUUCAGCAGCAGGUAAAUUGAGAUGUUGAAAUGCCUAAAAAUAAGACAAGAUAGAGCAACAUUUGUUGAAUGUCUUGUUAUAGCUUCAUUUAUCAACCUUUGCCUUCUUGUUACUUAUCUAUCCCAGUCCCUCCCUCAUAAUUAUACCACCUUGAGGCAAGAUGCCUCUCCAGCUUCUAAGGACAAAACAUUAAUUCUCCAUCCUGUUUGGUGUAUGAUUCUUUUUACCUUUUAAACCCAGAGAGUGACUUGCAUCUAAUUUCUCUCUACAUUAUCACUGCUGCAUCACAAAUUAAGGUCAUGAGAAUAAAGGAAAUGAUCACUUACUUAAGAUGAUCUGGACUGUUAAAUACAUUCUCCUUGUCAGCACUUCAGGAAAUUUAUAGAGAGCAGUUUGGAGAAAUGUAUAUUGAUGUUAGGGUGUAAAGAGUUCAUCUAAGAUCUGAGAAUUUGGCCUUAAAUCAAAACAUCCUCAAGGUUAUUUUAUUCUUGCAUGGAAAUGUAUCAAUAUUGUAUGGAGAAUUUUGUGUUUGGUCACUCUUGAGAACCUAGGGUUAGUAGUUUUGUGUAACUAUCAUCAUUUAUACAGUUAGUGAUGAUUGUAGUUUUCCUUCAGAAACAAAUUAACUUGGAUCAACCCUUCAAUUCUUGGCAUCUGAUUAUAAAAUCUCUGUAGUAGCCGCCAUUCAUUUCUUUGAGAAUUAAUUUGAGAAUUUGAUAUAAAUACUCUUCAGCUGAGGAGUAUGUUUAUUCUCAACACUUGUUUCCUUGAUGUGGUAUUGAUAAUUGAAAAUUAAUGAAGUUACUUGUUGAUUGCUUUGGGAAUUAAGGGUUCAAUAUCCUAAAACUGUGGAGUUCAAUUUGAACUACCAUUUAUUGCACAUUUAACUGAAGUUCCACAUUUCUGUACAGUUAUACAGUUCUUUUUUUCUCAAAAUAUUUAAAAGCUGGUAAUAUUUACAGUCAUGCAUGCAGGACAGCAUCUAUACAUGGCUUACAAUAUUUACCAGACUUCUCAUGGGAACAGAUAGGACAGCAAGAAACAUUGACACCAGCUGUGAUAAUUCUAUUAAAUCUGACAAAUUCAUGUUAAGAAGGAGGGUUCAGUUCCUGUAGUUACAUGGUAUAUAAAGACUGAUGACUGAUGCAAAACAGAACCUUGAAAUGGAGACAUUUGGAUGAUUAUAAUUGAUUAUAGACCUUGAGGUUCUUAACCUUUUCACUCCCAAGAUCUGAUUGUUAAUUCCCCUUUCCAGCUUCAAUGCAUUUCCUUGUAAAUUUGUUUAUGAGAAUUUGCUGUCAGAUCAAGAUAAUUGAACUUGUUUACCUGAUAAGUUUGAGUAUUCUCAUCACCUGUUUGCAGGGUAAUGUAUAGAUACACAAGAGAUAAGUUACAUGUUACUCAGGUGUGGAUGUAUGGUGAUUAUGUGUUUCUUGUCCUUUUUUCUAGUGUGUCUGAUUUCCUUAUGGGUGAACAGGAUAUUGGUUUGUCAGAACAAAGCAUGAAUAAACAUUAUUCACAAGUAAGUGAUUGUUUAAAAAGUAGUGGUCAAUAGAUUGCUACUUCCCAACCAAAAUAAACCUCUCACAAAGUGUACUGGCUGACUAUUGCUUCUUUAGACACCUCAGUUGCAAGAAAUACAAUCUAUGAAUCUAUACUUAACUGAUGUCCAUGGAAUCUAUGAGCAAAUGUGUUGUGAUUGAUUUACUGUUACACUUUGCUUUUCACCACUAAAAACAAGCUAUUUAUAUUAAUUUAUUUUAAUUUUAUAUAAAUUUAUUGUUAUUUAUUGGUUUAAAGCUAAUGCUUCUCAUCUGUAACUGUUCAGACUAGUGAGAUAUUUUUAUUUGUCUAAGUUCAUGUGUAUAUUCUCCAAAGACCUCUUCACAGGAUAAAAUGUGUUCCUUGUUUAGUGAUUCUCCAGUACAACAUUCAGUGACAAAAUCAGUUGUCAAACUUUUUAGAAUACCUACUUGAAAAAGACCAUGUUUGAAAUGAAAAUUUUUCAAAUGUAUGCUGUGAUACUAUAGCCAUUCACCUCAUUCAGUGUUGUGCAAUCAUAGACUGAAGGGCAAAAUCAUUCUUUCAUUUAGUAUGUUUUUGACAAAGGGUUUUUAAUUUUUUUUUUUGCUGGCUGUAAAUCUUUCAAUAGUUUAUUUUAAGGUAAAAGCAUUAUUUUGGUUCCAGUUUAUUGCUGCUAACAAUGAAUUUCAAGAUAAUUCUCUCAUUCUAUGUGAUUUACCUUUGAUGGUGGGGAAAAGGUCCUUACUCCUCCUCCAACCUGCCCCCUUCUGCUGAGGGGCAUGUAGAGUUAACCCCAGAAAUCUGCUCAGAGCCUUUAAUUUUUCAAAUUCUAUGUUUGGGUGAGCAAAAGGUCCUAGUUUCCUCUGGUGAAAUAUUUCUCAAAUCUGGCUGUUUAUGGGAUAGGGUAUUUAAUGAGUGUAGAAGUCAGUGCCUAUGCAGGCAGGCAUGGAACACACCCCUUCAUAGAAUUCCUUCAGAAACUCCCUUUCAAAUUUUUUUUAUAGUGAUACGCAUGCUGUAAAUCUGCCUUGUACACUCAUUGUUUAGGUUUUAGAAGACAUGAAACCUUUGUGACAGAACUUGUCACUAAAUCCUGUCUUCUACCAGAAUAUCUGUGAGGAGUGUUAUUUAGUAGCAAGUUUUUAUAAUCAGAUAAUUUUUUCUAGUAUAAUUUAUCUGCAGCCUAAUUCCUCGUGGAUAGAUUUCACUAGGCAUUUCUUUUGCAUUCCACAAACUUAAAGACAUGAAAUACUAGAUGUCUUAUUAAGAGAUAUUAUUUUUAAGCUUUCCUGAUUAAAUAUGUUUGAGCAACUGACUUUGAAUAUACCUGACAUGUUUUGUUUGACCAUUUACAAUUGUAUUUUGGGUUUGUGAUUUGUUCUUUAGAAAGGAACAAGGUAAAGAAUCAUCAAGGUGUUAAAUAGUGAUUGUCAUGGCCAAUUUUGUGUCAAAUUCCAUUUAUGAGUGUCACUGGAUGGUUAAACAAGCUGUUAGCACCAAAAACAUGAAACAGAUCUGAUGUUCUUGUGGUCAGAUGGCAUUUAGAGUGUAGGGUUACACACACAUUGUUCAUACAUUUCAUAUUUUUAGCAUCCCACGAAAGAAUUGAAAUAUUUCUUGGCCUGUGGAAUGAUAAUUCAAGGAUGGGAUUUUAUGCACGUGUGAAUGCAGUGCUUAAGUUUCGGGCUUGAUAUGAACUGGAGGUGUGAGAUACAUGAGUUAUCUGCAAAUUGCCAAUGAAUUCAAGUGGAACAGAGCUGUCCAAAUGGUGCUAAUUUUGGGAAAUUCUUUUGACGUUGACCCACAUGAUACAAAUACUUUAAUGUCAUUUCUAAGAAGAAGAACUCGUCUUCAAUGCCUUUCCCCACGGACAAUAAGCUACAUUGUAAGUGAAAUUUUUCAGUUAUUGACAUUUUCAGUAUACAAGUCUGUUGUCUGAAGUGUAGUCUCUUUUAAAGCAAGGAUAAGAGCAUGAUUUUCCCGUAUUGUGUUGAAACAUCUUGCAAUCUGUUUCAUACAGUAUGACCAUAAUUCAAGAAUAUUAUAUUUCUCUCUAAGUACAUGUACUUUACUAAAAAAAUUACCAUCACGAUAUUACAGAAUGUAUCCUUGAUACAGCUUUUUCUAGUUUCUAAAUAUGCUAGGUUGGUUUGUUUGUUUGUUUGUUCUGGCAAAUAAGUAUGAAACAUCAGUGUUUUAAACUUGAUCAAUUGCCAGCUGUUUGACAACACUGACAACAACAUGCAUUUGUGAGGUCAACUUGACAAGGCUCUUUUGAAGUUACAUGUUGAUGAAGCUGAUGGUGUGUUUCUUUAUUUUAUCUCAGUGGUUUGAUUUGCUCCAUAUUCUUGUACAAAUAGUUAUGCAAAGAGAUAAUAAAUGUGUUCAUUUUGAUUUCACAUAACACUUUAUUUAUAAACCUUUUUUUCAUGUUUUCUAUGCAGUAGUUAGUUUUGCUUGCCUUUUGAUGAUGAUUUGGACUAUUGAAAUUAUUCAACAAUAACUAUGGAAAUGUCAUUAUAAAAUUUUGUGUUUUGUGUGAUUCUUUUUAACCCCAGGUUCAUUUUAUUUCAUUUGAUUCUUUCUGCCAAAACAAAUAUGUAAAAUUUCGAACCAAGGAUAGAAUUAGAUGAGUGAAAGUAUUAUUAUAUAGUAAUUGAACAGUACCUUAAGCUACAUUGUGAGAAGAAAAAUUGUUCAUAGCUGUUCCUGAAGGAUCUGAAACAUUUGUAAAGAAAUCAGCAGAAGAUUUGGAUCUGCUUCUGUGCUCAACUUUUGUUCACAAACAAGUGUGAUUGUUAUCUUCAUUAAAAAAUACAGAGAGUUAUUUUCACCUUGUUCAAGGAAAAAACAGAGUGAACUCUACUAGUUUAUGAUCCUGAUCUGGCAGCCUUUGCCAUGUGAUCUUAAACAAUCUUUUGAUGAGCUUCUGCCAUGGAAAUUUGAAUAUUAUCUUCUAGAUAAUGUUGACAAGGAUGUUGUGACUGCCUUGUACAUUUAGGGAUACAUGUUUUGAUAUGUUAAUCUUUGCCUCUUGACCUUUCAUUUUAUAAUAUUAGGUUUUUCAUGUAUUGUCUUGGUAUUACUUCUCCAACAGAAAACAUCUGGCCGGAUUGAAAUUUGAAAAAGUUUUGCUUCAAAAGAUAAAUUUGUAGCAACUGACCAAUUUACAUUCUAGGAAACUUUGGUUAGAAUGCACAUGAUAAAUGCUUUAUCAGGAACUGAUGAAAGGUCUUUUCAAUUUAUCCUCCAUGAGGGCAAGUACACUCCUGUCAGGGAGAGACCAAGUAUUCAUGAAUUAUGAUUGAGUUGAAGCAAAUAAAGAUACUCUUCUUCCUCCUUGUGCUUGUCAUUUAGACCAUGGAAAAUAUUGUUAUUGAUUUCCAGUCCAUGCUUUUGAUCUUAAUAUGUUAACAAAAGACUAUAUUACAAGUUCUCAAAUAUGUGCUAAAACAUAUGACAUGUACAACUGUAAACAGUGCCUUUUGAGUCAAUCAUGGUAUAGAAUAAUGAUCUAAAGGAGAGUGUGAUAUCAAUUGAUAAAGGAACUUACUGUGGAUGUUUUCAGAGGAAAAUAACAAAUGUCACUGACAUUUGUGAGUUUAUUUUGCUACUAGUUUGACUACUUGAAAGUGAAAUAUGAGUGGGUGGAAGUGUGUGCGACUUUUGUGGUGAGUGUUAUGAGUGCUGUGAUAAAUGGAGGGUCAACACAAUGGAGAUAACUUAACAAGUAUAGUGACCUGUGAUUAAAAGGACAGGUAGAUGCAAUCCCCAAUAAUUCCUUGUACAUUGUCUAAUAGUGUGCAAGGAAUUGUACUUUAUUUAAGGUUCAAUUCACUUUUGGAAAUAAGAACAUUGCACUCUGUGCUGGUAAAUAAUGCUGUUUUUUCUCAUCCGCUCUUUUGUAAAUAAUGUUUGGUGCUGUAUGGUGAAAUUUGUUAGUUUUUACAUCACAGAGAAAUAUGCAUAUUGCAUGGAAGUGUGAACAUGUAACUUUUCCCCAAAAUAUUUGUUCAACAUCCAGCAAACAGGUUAUAAGAAUAUGCAGACUUAUCAGAGCUAACACCAAAUUCUUAUAACUAAUGUACAAAGAAAUGUGGAGCAGUUACAUGUAGAGGGGAGAGUUAACAAUCAGAUCUUGGGAGUUAACCCUUUUACUCCUUACUAUCAACCAUACGAUUCCUAUAAUGUUAGUUCAGAGGAUUUAAUAUUGGAUCAAUUAUUUAUCCCCAAUUUGAUAUUUUUCCUUUUUUCUUAUCACUUAGCUGAGAAAUUCUGUCUUGGUCAUUCUUGGGAGUUAAAGGGUUAAAUGGUUGAGAUUUUGUACUGUGCUGUGUAGUGAAAGUUGUUAUGCCUUUUUUUUCUUGUAAUUCACCACAUCUAUAAAUAAUGUGCAAUGUUGUUCAAUGGAAUUUAUUAAUUUAAUGUCACAGGGAUUUAUAGAGAUGAUUGAUUUUAACUUCACUUUGGUCAUUCACCCAUCAAUUACAAGGCAGUGUCCAGCUCUCAAGGGGAUUAUAAAUGGGAGAAGAGUGCUGUGCUUGUAUGUUAGGAAAGUUACUGCUAUAAAUUUCUUAUGAGCUCAACAUUUCUAAAUAAUUUAAUUGAGUUUCUGUUGGUGAUGAGCUUGUCGUUUUUUUUUCUAAAACUUUUGAAUUAUUCAUACCCUGAUCUAAUGUAUCCAUUGUUUGUUUACUUCAGUCAUUGGAAGACUUUGGUGAUGAUGAUGAUGAAGAUAUGGAUGAGAGAGGUUAUGAUGAGGAUAAUGAAGAUGACCAGGAUGAAGAUGACAGAAAAGCUGUGGAAAAGAAAGAAUCAGGUAAAAACACUUGUCAGAACAAAGAGUGCAACAUUGUAGAGAAUUAUGUAGAUGUCUGAAAAUGUGAGACAUCCUAUCAUUGACUGAGUGCUCAUGUAUGCAUGUGGUUAAAUGCUGAGAGGUUUCACUGACAUAGCAGGCAUUACAACCUGCACAUAAAAACUUGUAAACCACAUUUUAGAUCAUGCUUUCUUAACUUUUCAAUGUUGUAAGAUGGAUUCAAAGAAUAGAUAUUAAUCAUGAAGUGAUGAACUAUGAAACGCUCACACAACUUUAUAUUUUAUUUUACAAAACAGAAAAUAUUUUUCUUUUCCUUUAUACUAAUUGGCCCUUGGUUUGCUUUACUUUGAACUAAAAAAAUAUUUUGAAUUGAGGUCAAAUUGAAAACUGUACUUUUGCUAUCUUUUCUCAAAUAAAUCCCAACAAGGUUUUUUCUAUUGCAGUGAAUUAAUUAUUUUUAUUUGUUGAUUUGGUUUUUGGGUCACAGUUGACACUUCGGCAGAGAAGGCUGAUGAGCUGGAUCGAGCUUUGAUAAUGCUUGAACAUGGAGUAGACAUUGCAAUGCAGGUUGGUGAAGUUACACAUUAUUCUGUGUGACCUCUGAUUUGAUUCUUUUUGUCAAGUUAAGACUUUGAUUAACUUUCUGUAGAUUAAAAUGGUGGAAAUUUAUUUUUGAUUAUUUAGAUAAUUUAUUUUAUCGUUUCUUUUUUGUUAAAUUGCUUAUGAUAUUGUAGUUACUUCUGUUCUAGAAACUGCAUCCCUUUGUAAUUUAUUUUAAUUUCCAAUAAUGUAUUGAGAGAAAGUUUUACUUAAUAAGCCAUCCUUGUUUAACACUCAAUUUUAAAUACUUAUUUCAAAGAGAUUCAUUUCUUUUUUACCAGAGAACCAAAAUUUGGGCUAAGUACUCCAAGGACAUAGAAACAUAUGUUGACAAAAGAGCUCACCUUGGUAAGUGAAAUGUUUUCUUUCCCUUGAUAAUUCAUGUUAUUGUCAAACUCAGAAAAUCAUCAAUGCCUGAAAUAUGUCUGGAAUGGUUAUUAGAUUAUGGCCAAUUACAAGGGAGAUCAGGACAUAUAAUUAUGUGUGAUGCUUGUGGUAGACUAUGUUAAAAAUUUACUUGUUGUGAAGUUGAUAACUGAUAAUUCUAUUUUUGCACCAAAGUUAAUCAGAAAAGCUGACUUCCCAACACAAACAUCACUUCCCUUCUUCAAAUUAGUUGGUUCUCAAUUCUUAUUACAUUUAACCUUCCUUGGCACUUUUACCACAUUCCUUAUGAUUCUCAGUUACUUUUACAACUGAUUUUCACAUUUCACACAAACAGCAGUUUCCAACAUAAACACCUCCACGUGUCUUGGUAAACCACAUAAUCAUCCAUGACUUCUCUCCCUGACUGACUUCUACCUUUACACCCAAAUAUCAGCAUGCAUUUUCUCCUCACUGUUCUCUUUACAUUUCCUAUGGCACUAACCAGGAGGAUUUGUUUAACAAUCAAAAGCUCUCUCAGAUAUUUAUGAUUUCCUUUAACCUUGUGACCUACAAGUGUGAUUCAGCAGUAAUAAUGGAAAAAGAUUUCAGAUGCUACUCACUUGUAGAGGUUAAAGAGUUAUUUUGCUUGACACAUUCAAACAUGUUUCUAGCGUAUAUGGUUUUCUGAGUUUUGCUUUCAAGAUUUAAUUUAAGAUUUAUGUGUAGAUUUUCACUCUUCCAUGUGUCAUUUUCUGUGCAUUUACUUGUAGAUGACUGAACUACAACUCUACAUUAUCCACUUACCCUCAAAGAUUAAUGGUCAAUGUACUUUUGAUUUGAUAUUUUAGAGUUGGAGUACACAAACAAACUCUCAAAACUUGCACAGACAACAAGAACAGCAAUUGUAGAGGAGGUGAGAAUAUUUUGGGACAUGUCUCAUAAGUAUGUUGUUUUGCUUUGUAAUAUUGUUUGGCUAAAUCCUGGAUAUUUUCCAAAUCAUCAAAGUUUUUAUGCCUGUGUAUUUUUUUUCCAGAAUUACCUGCCUUUUCAGUCUAUUUACGUGACAGCCCUUGAUCAGGUGAAGAAUGAAUCAUUAUAUUCUAGAAUGUAAUAACAUUUGAAAUACUAUAUACACAGAAUAUCAAGUAAUAAAAUAUUGGCAAUUAGAUUUUAACAGACUGGCCAGCUUAGACUGGAACUACCUAUUGGUUGAAUACUGCAUUUGUAACACUGUAAAUCAAGAAAAGUGAAUAUUUUUGUCACAUACAUGUAAGGUUUGUAACCAAUUUCCAUUUGUUUCUCCACCCAAAGGACAUUGAAUAUGCUGAGAAUGCCAGCAAAACAUAUGCAGCCCUCUUAGCAAGCCGGUUUAUGGAGGUUGGUAACUUGAUACCUUUGACCACAUUUUGGUAUUUGUGAAGGUCUUGCUUUGCAUAUUGGGUUGGGGCUGCCAAAGGCUUUCCAUAGAGCAUUAUUUCUGGUGUAUUAUCAUGAUCAGUCAUUUGUUUUCAAUGGACAACAGAAAGAAAUAUAGAGAAAUUCAAAGGGCCCACAUUUCCACAUUAAGCCCUCCCUUUCAAUAGGUUCUUGUCUGAAUGGUGUGGACACAACCAAUCCUCAGGGUGAUUAGAGAUAAAGAGAUUUACCAGAGCUUAUUAGAGCAUUAUAUUGCAUCUUACUGUUCUUUAUGUAGCCUUUAACAGCAAGAAGACUUAAGCAUGAGAAAAUACGAAAGGACCUGAAGGAUAGCUGGGCUAAAUCGUGUAAGAAACUGGUAAGACACGUACAACAUAAUUAGUUUUGAUCUGUGCAACAUGUCAAGCGUCUCUGUUCAUUAUCUUAUUUGUGGCUAAUUUUCCCCUCUAUUUCUAUUUUAUAAAGAAUGAGGCAGCAGCAAAUCUUAAGAAGGCAAAAUCUUUGUACAUCCAGAAACAACAGGAACUAGAAAAGGUUUGUAUAGUUAAGUUUGUCAAUAAUUUGUUUUGGCUAUGUUAAAAACUUGAUUUUCCACCUUCCUCCAUGAUCAAACCUUAAAUUCUUCUCACUCACUUGGGAGAAAAUCCUCUUGCCAUAAGCGGAAUAUUGUGAAUAUAAUAUUGUGGAAUAUUGUUUGUGAUGUAGCUCUUCCUAUAAAUAUUAUCUCUCUGGGUUCUUUAAAUUAUUUUUGUAAAAUGAGUGUAGACCCCUUUUAUGUGCAGCUGCUUUGUUUGUGAUCCAUCUCAUCAGAAUGCUCAUGUCAUCAUUGUUAACUCUUAUUUCCUAGUGCUUUGGAGAACUUUAUAUUUGUAUAUAUUUAUAUACCUCUAUUCUCUUGGGUGGGUGCCUCACAUGGGUCCAGGUGUCCCGUCUCUAUCUUCCCUUUUGGGCGAUUUUGGCGGUGUGGUAGUUUUUUUGAAAGGCUCUGUCGUUUGAUGAAGGGCUGAUCGUGGCAUUUGUUUAUCGCUUUUCCCUUGAGAGUCUCGUAUGUGGUGUAAAUCGCCAACGAGUUCUGUUGCUGGUUAAUUAGUGGAGUAUCCUACAACGAUAUUUUAUGUGGUGGGGUCCAAAUUCUCAUUGUUAACUCCUUCUUUACUCCACGAUUAUUUGACAUCUUUCUUUUUUGGGUGAAAUCUUUUUAAACAUAUUUUAUCUGUUUUUAUGUCCAAACCAGGAAGAGUCAACAUUCUCACGCGGAACCAAGAAGAAAGAAGGUGAUAUCAGGAAAGCUGAUGAGGCUGAGGAGAUGUACAAGUCUUGUGUGGUAGAAGCUAAUGCAAGGCAGAAAGAAUUGGAAAAUACCAAAGCAAGUAUCCUGGUGGAAUUACGUCAACUUGUCUAUCAAUGUGAUAUGACAAUGAAAGCGGUACGUCUUGGACCACACCCUCUGAGUUAACCUUUCCUUGCCACAGGCGCUUAACUUUGACCUUUGGGCCAUUUAUUUAAAUUUUUUUUUACGGAGACCUUCAAGAACAGAACAGUCCAUAUUUCUGCGACAGGAGCCCUUAAGCACUGUGUGAUUUUUGUAAUAGCACAACCUUUGGUAACCUGUUAACUUAACAAAGAUGGCAAAAAGAAGAAAGCUAGUUUUACCUUUGAAAGCUCCUGACUAGUUUUAGCAAUACUGUUAUUAUGAAGCAAAUAUUACUUGUUUAUUACUUAUGACUUUGAAUAAUUCUCUCGUUAGGUAACAUGUAACUAUUUCCAGAUGAUGAAUGCGCUUGUAUCACCCGGCCCAAUUCAGUUCCAGACUCUCGCAGAAAGCAGUAGGAAUUAUGAACCUGGAAACCAGUUCGCCGAAUUCGUUCGUCUGCAACAAGCCAAUUCACCUCAAGCUGUUGAACAAGUCUUUCAGUUUGAACCGUACUCUGCAGGAAAGUAUGUACUUUUUAUUUUACAACUUUGUAGAAUUAUUAUAGAAUAAUGCCUGUGUUGACAGUUUUCAGCUCCACUUGUGCUUGAUUUCCGCGUUAAUUAGAGCCUAUAAAAUUCCUCAAAAUUUAAAAUGCGAAACUGUCACAGACAAACCGCUCAAACUAGAGGCUAAAAGCCUGGUGCGUAUGACCCCUAAACUGAUUGACUAAAGUGAUUAACAUGUAACUUCUCCUUGCAAUUCCAAUAGGUCACCUUGUAAACAGGUUAUGAGAAUAGACAAGCUUUUCAGCUAGCGAGUUUCCUUUUAGAACGAGACCGAAUUCUAGUUUGAUCUUGGAAGUUAAAGGGAUAAUUAGAUGUGCUGUUUUCUUGCUCUCGUUUUUCCAACACAUUCCCAUAACUGACCUUCAGAAUGUGUCAGAAACAAACCGUGUCAUUGCCUUUUUAAUGUUUCAGCCCAGACAGAGGAUCACAGACUCCGUCACGCCACAACUCCUUAUUUGAUUCACGUUACAUUAAUACCCAUUCUUCUGUGGAGGAGACAGCGAAGAUUUCAUCACCAUUUACCUCUCGCCGUAAUAAAAGUCUUCAGCUGCACAGUGUACGGGGUGUAAAUAGCUCGCAACAGCCGAUCAAUGCCUGGAGUAAUCUAAAGGAACACAACAGUGAUGGUGACAGUACAACUAGUCGAUCCCUACCAGGGUCCCCCUCAGGUAGCCCGACCUCAGACCGCAAAGCCAACAUUCCUCGGGCCCAAUCCUUAGAGUUGAUCUCAUCUGAUGAUGCGGAUAACAAAGACGAGGGAAGAAGUACUAAUGGUGAGAGUUAGUUCCCUGCGUUACAGGAUUAAGCGCAAGCCAACAUGGUUAGAUUUAGGAAGAUGUUGGUCAAUCAUUAAUGAGGAAGGAUUCUGUGAAGCAAAGUGCUGUUGUGAUACACAUAUUAUAGUAAUUUUGAAAGAUACCCUAACUGUUAUGAUGUAGCUCCUUUAAACCUGGGGCUCACCGAAUGUCUUGUUUUAAGGACGUGUAAACCAAGGCUCCGAUAGAAGACGUAAACCCAAGGACCGCCCAUCUGCGGGUCCCUUCCAGAAUAUCCGUCUGUCACCAUCAGCAAAGACGCACAGGCUGAAGAAACUCCGCUCGGCCUCAAAGUGUCGUGAGUGUGACAGUUAUGUGUAUUUCAACGGUGCAGAAUGUGAAGUAUGUGGUCUGACUUGUCACAAGAAGUGUUUGAAGGGCCUCCAAAUACGAUGUGGAAAAUACUCGGUAAGGAGAAUAAAACAAUUCUUAGACUAUUUAUUUUUAGUUUUGUACUCUUGUACUGAUGACUCGUACUUUUCUCAGAUUUUUAAACCUCUCCCCAACAAUAGAUCGAAAACCGACCCUGGUAUACUCUACUAGUCAAGUUAUUUAUGGUUCGAGCCGUCACAGACAAUUUUGUUGGCUAAUAACUCGUGCCUUUGUAAAGGCUGUUAACCAUUUCACUCCCAGAUCUUGUUGGUAAUUCUCCAUACUAUCUGCAUACAAUUCCUACAAUGUUAAUUUGGAGAAUUUGGUAUUAGAUCAACUUAAACCUUUUUUCUUUAUUCUCAUCACUUGUCUGCUCGAUAUUUAAAUGAUAUUGUAAGGAGAAAUACUCUCUUGGUCACUGAGGAGUUACAAGGUCAAGCGAAUGUUUCCUCUCAAAGAGAUAAUUUUCUGAUUUGGAAACCUUUUAAAUAGCUAUAAUUAAGCCCAAGGGACUGACACGGUUUUGAAUUUGUAUUAAAAAAUAAAUUUGCUUUUUAUAGCACUUUUUAUAGUAUUAUAAUCUUUUUCGUUUUUUUACAGAAUGGCCAAAGGCGCAUGACAACGUUUGGAGUGGACAUCAAUCGACAUCUCCAACAUUCGACCACUGAUGAGGAAAACAUACCUCACAUUAUCUCAUCAUGUAUUGAUGAAAUUGACAAUCGAGGUACGAAGUCCUUCUGAAUCAGUUUGCUGUACUGUAUUUGAACACUUGGUUAUUUGAUGUUAACUUGUUUCGCUUCUCUGCAACGAGAUGUGCCCUCACCACUUCCCUGCAUCCUCCCCUCCCACUGCGGUUCGUCAUGAGGAUGACAAAAGAGCGAAAAGGAAGGGGGUGGGUAAGGCCGAUGAAUUUGUUUCCUUCUUACUUCCCCUUCAUUAGUUUGUCCGCUCCAGGCUCUUCCCGAUCCUACUGGUCCAAAAUGGCGCUCGCCAGAAAAAAUGGCUGUUUUGUAAUCUUAUUUUUGGUCCAAACGAAUAGCAAGCAAAAUAUCCUCUGAAUUAAGCUUAGAGUUGGCUCGAACAACUUAAACAACCUUUUAGGUUUUGAUCGCUCAUUUACGUGUUUUUUUUUCUUAAUUUUGUAGGUCUUGAUGUCAAGGUUAGUUCUUAAUGUCCUGUAGAUUUUUCUGUGCGGCCCUUGAAAUGUUGUUAUUGCUUUUUGGUUUUCUUUCUUAUCCUUCAAGUCAACUGAGACAGUUCUGAUAUCUUUCAGGGAAUCUACCGAGUGUCUGGAGUCAAGUCCAGAGUGGAGAAACUUUGCCAGGUAAUGUAACCAAAACAUCCAGCUUUCCAUACAGUUUUGGAUCAAAAGGCCUCUUCUUAGCCUGAUAUUGAUCUUCCUAAGUGUGUUUUUAUGUCUGCAGUCGUUUGAAAAUGGAGAAUACCAAGCUGAUUUAUCAGAUACACCGCCUCAUGUCAUAGCUGCUGUUCUUAAACUCUACCUGCGACAGGUAAGCAAACUUAAGUCUGUACCACCCCUCCCAUCUUAUGGCACUCGACCAAUCAAUUAGCUCUUUUAAACGCAUGCUCGUUGCCAUUACGGUUCUGCGCGUUAUGGAUCUUAAGUUUGCUAACUUGAUUUAGCGAAAGACUGCGUUUUUCUUAUUUUCAGCUUCCAGAGUCGCUUUUAACUGUCAAGCUAUAUCCGGAAUUCAUCCGCGUUGCUAAGGUGAGAUUCAUCAGAUUAGCUUUACCCUCGCUAAAAAUUUUGUUUUUUAACCCACGAUGGUCCUGUUUUUAUCCUUACAGGAGAGCUUCGCGAUCAUAGAUAACUCCACGACAUGCAAGGCAGCUUCGGGAAACGAAGAUAUCCAGGAAGAGUACCAAAACCUUAUUGGAAAACUUCGGGAAGUCGUAAUGCAGCUUCCGACAGCUAACCGAGUGACUGCGGCUCGUUUGAUUAAGCAUCUUAGGAGAGUUUCAGAUCAUGACGAAUCGAAUGCCAUGCCUGCAAGCAAUCUGGCAAUCGUGUUUGGACCCACACUAUUGAGACCAAAGUAAGAGAGUUUUGACCUAACUUAGAGAACAAGCGACAAUCAGUGCGAAGAGUUUACAUUAGAAACGGGUGAAAAGCUGACGGCCGUGUUAGGGUCCUGUGUCUUGUGUUGUUGCCACAUUAUGACUGUAUUGAAGCUAGUAUUGAUGAGAACAGACAAAAUCCUGCAGAAAUACAGUUUAUAUGCCCCCACAAUCAGCCCGUCGGUUACUUUGCUUGAGUCUCCGUUUUAACCCUUUACAGUUUAACAUCAAUAUGCGGUUAGAGUUCUCCAUAUUGUUGUCUGUACAAUUCCUAUGGUACUUACAAGGAUAAUUUGGCUAAAAAUCAAGCAGUUCUUGGGUGGGCAAUUAUAUCCACUAUUCUCAUGACCUUAAUGUUUGAUUCACGGCGAUACUGUUGAUAGAAAUUUGAUUGUUAUCACUCUUAGGCUAUAAAUGGUUAAUUCGUAUAAAACAUUUCAUGUUCAUCUUUAUUCUGCAGUGAAAACGACCAAGUAACUACCACGUUGUCUUCUCUUGUGGAUAUGCCUCACCAGACUCGCCUUGUUGAGCUGCUUAUCACAAGUCCCGAGGUAAACAGAAAAAAAAAUCUUAAAUACAUGAGCUAACAGUGUACGUACAUCUCUCCCCAAUUUCUUACGGUUCUGUCUGUUUUCGGACGAUUUCGUACAUGUCCGGUUAUUUAUGGACGGUUCCGUUAGAUGCCGUACGGUUUCGCCAGUUGAUGGACGUUUCUGGUGGUUUUCAGACGAUGCUAUUCAGUUUGUAACGAAUUUUUUUUAAGAUAUUCUUGGUGGAGUAGUGUUUUUCUAUCUGUACUCAUCGACAUGCACAUCCAAUUUAGGACGGUCCUGGCCUGCUACUAACUCAGCCAUCACAAUUUUUUUUUUUUUUUUUUAUGUUGAAGGUAUUUGAACAUCCUGAAGCGGAUGAUUCAAUAUCACGGGAAAGGUCUGUAGAGGUGAGUGGCGCAUGUUGUAUAUUAAUUGUGUUGUCGCCUUACCCAGAGUUUCCAAACUUCUUUCUUUUACCUACGAGCCUACUCAAAAUUUUCCAUCUUUUUAACCCUAUUUAUAGUAUAUAUUACUCAACCAUUUAACUACCACGCACCAAGACAAUUUCACUUCACGAUAUCAAUACAAAAUUAAGCAGGCGAGUGAUGAGAGUAAAGACAAAUGUCAGUUAGGGGAUUAUAAGUUGAUCUAAUGGCGAAGUCUCCUAAGAAACAUGAGAAUUGUAUGGCAGACAGUAAGGAGAAUUGUGAAAUGUAUGUUUGCAAGAGUUGCUCGUAUAAUUCAUCAGUCUUGUCCUUCUUUCUCGGUAGAAAUUCACUCCUCCCAAACCACGUGACAGAGAAUGCAGUUUGGUUGUAAUACAGAGUAUGCGAUCUGCUGGUAAUGUCCUGUUCUAAAAAUGAAAUUAAAUAGAGACCACAUUUUGAACACUGACAGUGUUUCUUAUAACGGAUUGCGGAAAAAAGGAUUCGUGCCUAUUAGAGCUGUGUUCUAUUUCGUGUCAGAAAAACAAACUAAAGUAAUUUCAAAGUGCAAGAACUUUUAGACAUAAGUGUAAGGUUGUUAAUAGGUGGGGGGGGGGGUUGAUUGAAAUAGAGUGCCUUGGAAAACUAGCGCCACCCCAUCAUCCAAUCAUCGCUUUGGGCGCUUGUUCUCUCUUGAGAUUUCAAUAGCCCUUCAGGAUGUUUCACUUCGUUCUGAUGGGCCGUUGUCAUUACUUUUGCUUUGGGUUUACGACACUCAAUCGAAAAUUGCUUUAUCAAAGAAUGUUGGGAAGUAAUUUGCAUUUCCUCUUUCUCUUUUUUAUUUUCCCUUUUUUAGGAAAUAAUGCAGACGAGAGUUAUGAGGCUGGGGAUGAAGCUAGGUAAGCGAACAGACAGUUUAUCUGUCUAUUAAAAGUUAAGUAUUUUAAGGCAGAGAGAAAGACAGAUAUGAUACGAUAUGAUAACUAAAAUAUCAAGUUGAAAGCCAUGCAGAAAGCCAGUUCCAAGGAGAAUGAAGUGGAUUUUUUUGCUUUUGAAAACGCUCCUUAAAGAGCAGUGAAUAUUUGGUGGGUGGGGUUGGUGGGUCACGUGGUCUUCAGGGGAACGGAAGAGGGAUCAGUCAUCGCUAACAGAGUGUCAAGGGGGGACUUACGAAAAUUGACUGCCGAUGAGGGGGGGAGGGUCAUUAGAAUACUACAGAGCGUCAUGAGGGUUCAGGUAAAUUUUACUGUUACACAAUCAAAAUCCUCCUUCCCCAGACGGCUAAUAAUGACGGUCCUAAUGAGGCUCAGGAAGAAUUUGGAAAUAGUAUAACAACUCUCCGCUUUCUUUCGUAGAAUGACUUGGUUUGUAUGCAGUUGGAUAUUGAGUAAAAAUAAUCCAUAAAUUACUGAUUUACAUUCGUGUAGCUUGAUCAACACACCAGACAUAAACAUAUCUCAGCCUCACUCGGACCAUUCUCCUGUUCGACGCAAUUCCAGCUCCCCGGCGUAAGUACAAUGCAUGCGUGUCUUUCGUACGUAACACAAUCUUCCUGCUCUACGCGUGACGUAACGCAGUGUCGUCACAGAUUGUCACCAUUCAUUUUUCAGAGCAAUCAACGCACCACAACUAAAGACCAUAAACAUACCACCGUCACCUUCGCCUUCAACGUAAGUGUGAAAAUAGCGUAGUUUUAAGGUAUAUUUUCCUUUAUUAUUCUAUUUUGUCCCCUUUUAAACUUCCCCUUGUGCUUUUGUUUACCUUCAGUAAGGUUUCAGUAAUAUGUGUGUAUCGCAUUUGGUCAUUGAAAUUACUGUAUGUCUGCUUUCGUUAUAUGUCACCAUUUUUAACGUCAUUAUAUCAUUUUGUAGUGACGAAAAAGUAGUGCAUUUUCAACCCACGAUUCCUCUAUUCGCUCCGACAAAGAACCAACGCUCGAAACGUCAGCUUUAGAAACUCUUUAUGGUGGUUAAUUUACAUUAUUAACUCAGUUAAUAAAACCAAAUUUUCUUGUAAUAACCCCCCACUUAAGAUCGCUUCUGUUCACAUUACGGAAACUGAGAUAACUUGCGUUUGUGUUGGCCCCAUUAUACUAAGUGUGAACCUGACUCCGUGUUUCUUUCCCUAAAAGCCAUGUCCCCUCAACAAGCGAUCUCUUGGCUUUAUUAUUAGAAACUUCACUGCUCACCGCUAUUAGUACCUCCAAGCACUCUGGAAGAAUGAAGUCCCUAUCUGUAUUUGUGGACGAGGAAGGCAGGCUUCACUGUCGUUACUUAUCUCGGAGUUGUUAGUAGCACUGAAAUGGUUGGGAGAAGAAACAAAACGAUAAAUAGUUUCAUUUAAUUUGUUUAAACUGAAGUUGCACUGAGAGUUGCUCUAUUGGUUGUAUGCUGGACAUUGAAUAAUCUAUGUUUUUGUUCUGAAUGUCUGCUGUGCCAGUGAAUAGUAAGUUACCUAGCUUGGUGAAAAGACAGGUCACAGUGAAAGACGGAACAGGAGCCAUUACUAAUGGAUGUAUGCCGUUUUGUUUACAGGAGGAGCAGCCUUGGGUUUGGAUCAGAGUUUUUUGAACUUCUUGCGAAGUCCAACAACAGAAGUGAAGAGGUACGGUGGCACAUUUCUUUGUUUUGGGUUGUUAUAUUAUUUGUAAUAAUAGCUACGGUAAUUUUCAAACCUGCUUAUCGCUUCGAACUCGAGUAAAGAUAGAAUGGUGCAGAGCUUUUAGAGAUUCAUCUCCUCUUUCUUCCUCCCUUUGCUUUUCAGCUGAAUGAUCGCGCGCAUUACAGCAUCCCAGAGUUCCUGUUGUCAGACUCGCCGCGUGAGAGAGUUGCCAUUGAUCGGGAAGAUUCUGAUAUGGAGGAUGAGUACGAAGAUGAUACUACACAAGGUCAGCGGGUUUUCGUUUUCAUACAAGUGCUUAAAGAGAGGGUUGCGCUUAUUUAAGAAAAUAACUGUCAGUCUGGCCAAGAGGUUUUGUUGGUAAUCUAACUUAAAACAUGAAGGCGCACUAUAAAAGGAGAGGUGCCGUCGGUACCUUUGGAUUAUUUGUCAAUCAACCGUCGUGGCGCACAGGCCGCAGUAGUCAAAACAGCCUGAGCUGCCGCUGAUCCAGAGCGAGUGAACAGCAGGCGGAUUUCUCAAAAGCUCAAAUAAGUUUUUAUGUUUUUAUUACCAGAAGAAUUUGUUGAUGUGGAGAAUUAAUUUAACAAUCCAAUUCACUUCUAAAUGAAAGAUUCAGCACUGUUACUAUAAGGAUAAAUUAGAUAAUGAUCACUAUUAGGUUUAAAAGGUUAAAACCAAGAUUAUAUAUUUGAUGUUUUGUGUCACUUUAGGAACAAGUGGAUCUCGUACUCCAGACGACCUGCAUUCUUCUCAUUUUGGUGCUGCAAGACGUGUAGGCUCUCCACGGUCAUCCAACGAAAACUUAGCCGACGAUGAUAAAGCCAACUCAACUCGGGAAGCAUCGCUUUCGGUGAUUUCUCGGAGUUCUUCGUCUUAUUCCUUCGCUCCGAGCUUCAGUUCAGAUUUCACCGAUUCACUGUUACCCGAUCUCUCCGAUAGCGUUGGAUCGGACAAGGCAAAUACCUCGGGGGGCGUCGGGAUAUCCUCAAAUGAAACGAGGAUGUUAAAUGGUCAGUCUGAGUUUCUCAAUCGGUUAUCUUCGGGGAACGUCGGAGUGGAACCUCGUCCACGAACUGUGGGUUUUAUUAAACGAAAUUCCGAUCUUCCAGGUCGGGUUGGAAACAUUGCAGACUACAGCAAGGAAUUCUAUCCAAUCGGAAUGAAACAGUCGUCUAGUGACUCUAACCUUAACAAAGACCCCUAUGCCCUCGAGGAGGAGGUAUCAUUAAGAGCGAUUUCUGAAGUUGCUAGUUCAUCUUCCAACACAAUAACCAGCUCGAAAAGCGAAGAACUUGAAAGAGAUGAUAUCGUCGAAGGAGAUGAUCAUGCUUCUCUUAUCAACCAAUUAAAGACUGUAAUUGAUAUUGACUCUAAAGGGGCGCUCUUACCCGAUGGGGUGGGAGAUAGUUCGGUAAUUAGCUCCGUGGAUAGUACAGUCAGUCCUGUGCAGUCUUCAACUAAAGGGGAAGCAGAGGACGAAGUAGUCGCUUCCUCUCCGUCGCCACCGAGAAGCCCUGUUCAGUCUCCCUCCAUCGAGUAUAAAGAUAUUACGUUCACAACCUCAGCUGAUGAGCCUGCUUCCGUUCGCGAGAUUCCAUCGGAGACGGGGUCACGUGAGCUAAUUAUUCCUGUGAUGACAGCUUUGCAGGAAAGAAGACCUUCAACACCAAACUGUUCCACUGCGGAAGAAUCGUCUGAGUCCCAGUCAUCAGAUAGAGUUGAAACUUCGGUCGAUGUGACGCCUGAAAAGAAAGAAGUCGGUGUAGCUGACAAUAAAAAGCCUGAAAAGAAAGGGACGCCUCGGUCCGCGUACAGCACACGGAUGUCAGUCAAAGAUCGGUUACUGCAGUACGAGCGAAAUCGUUCGGUUAGCGUGGACUCUAAUCGGAAAACUUCUUCGGAGCGAUUUAGUCCGAACACUGUAGCGUCUCGAAAGCAGAUAUUUGAACAAAAAGAGCGAGGAAUAUACAAGCGCGUCAGUGACAUGACAACUAGGAAGCCAAGAAGUGACUCCGGCGGUAGUGGAUCGGGCUCGGCCAGCAGUAGUCCUAAGUUGUCAAGGAAGCGUCCCAUUGAUACCGACGAUGGAGAAAGUUUGGAAAAUGUCGGAAGCCAGGUGAAAAAUAGGUUGGAAAAUGAUAAGCAAGACGAACCACGUCGACGGAAUAGAAAGGAGAAAUCGGAAAAUACCGACCUUCCUCGAAGUUUGAUUCUCGACAAACUUGAUCGUCAGCGAGGAGGAGAAGUUGACUCUUUGAGACUUGAUUUACACGACGGAGCCACUUUGUCUCCGAGAGAAAUCGACUUUCCCACCGAUAGUUUGGGUGCUGAAGAUAAGAGUAGAUCCGAAAGAACACGAAGAAGCCCGAAUAAUAGUCCGAGGUCGAGUCGGACAAGUGCUCGUUCUUCGUUUCCCGACGACAGUAAGGAAGAGGAUCGAGAGCCCCAGUUUGUGUAAUUUUUCGUUGUUCAAUUGGUAAUUAGCUUAUAUUCGGUCCAGAAGUGUGUGCUCGGGGUAAGCUCUGUGAUAAAAAUCACAACUUAAGACGAAAUUAACGACGUUUCCCGUCCAUAUCGUGAAGAAUGACUGAAGUAAGACUUUCGUUGGAACAGCAAUCUUAUUGCUAUAUGGUGACAGAAGUUUGAUUCAAACAUUUGAAGAUCUUUUGCUUGAUUGAAAAGAUUUUUAAUAUUCUUUUGAAUUUUUAUGGGAACCUUUUAAAGAAUUUUACCGCGACGGUUAUCAUUUCACCUGUUUUAUUUUACUUGGCAAUAUCCUUGAGCUUGAGGAAACAACCCCACUAUUAAUCUCCUCUCGAUAUCAGUAUGUUGUCAAGCAGAAAGGUGAUAAGAAUUCAGAAUGGUAUUUUUGGACUUAGAACCAAUUUAUUAGAAUUAAAAGUUGGAUAUUGCAAAUAGUAAGGAGGAUUUAUAAUGUGAUCUUUGGAGUUCAUGGGUUGAUAUAUUUUGUCGUUAUACAUGAUCGUCAACCUUCAGAACAUUUGACGUAGAAAUGGGAAAUUCGCGAAUCUUGUUUUUAAUAUAAAACAACCUAAACUAGUUGUUAUUGCCUUACUCUUACUGAAAAAUAUCCUCUUAACUGAAUAGUAUAUUUUUGUACCCGUAGGUUAAUCACGAAUGUUUCAUAGCGUUCGAAGCAAAAUUUUCUUUAUGGAGAAUUAGAUUAAUUUUGUGUUAGUAUGUAUAUAGCACUAAUUUCAUAGAUGGCCAACAAUGGCUACCUUAGUAAGGAACUUUCAACUAUUUUCAUAGCUUGAAGUCGCGACAACUGUUCGUGGUUUUUGGGGAAAAGAAUAAAGGUGGACUUAACC